AUGACCAUUACUUUGGACGAUGUCUCUUCGCUGCUGCAUAUACCCAUCACCGGUGCAUUUUUUAGUGUUAAUAUAUUUAAUAAGGAUGAAGCUGCAGAAUUAUUGAGUGAGCUAGUUGGGGUUAGUCUGGAUGAUGCAUAUGCUGAGUUUAACAUGACGUGGACAACCACUGUUCGGUAUAGUUGGUUGCUUGACGUAUACCAUCAGCGAUGUGCUGAUCAGCAUUGGCAGAUGGCUGCGAGGGCAUUUCUUUUAUUUUUGGUGGGUUGCACCUUGUUCAGCGACAAGAGUGCCUUCGCAGUGAGUGUUGCCUACCUUGAAUGCUUCAGAGACCUCAACUCAUGCGGGGGGAUAUGCAUGGGGCGUGGGUAUGAGCAUUUUCCAGCAUUGUGUGCGAAUUGUUGUCGACUAUCUCAAAUUUAUGAUGAGGACUAUCCGAGAACACUUAGAUGGAAGCCAAAACGGGAUAAAAGUUUGGUUAUUCCAUUUAGGAAAGCACUGGACGAGAUUGAUGUUGAUGACAUAUGUUGGACACCCUACAUAGAGCAUAGACUGAAGCGACCAUUUGAGGUUGUUUCACUAUUUAGAGGAUGGAUACGCUGGGGUCCCAAGAUGUAUGCUCACUUACCAGAUAGGGUAUUGCGUCAAUAUGGACGUGUCCAAACCAUCCCUGGUUCACCUUUGUAG